AUGCAGUCAUGGACUGGCAGAGGCAGUCGUUCCCUCUUCUGCGCAUUGCGACUCUUCCCUCGACCCGUUGAACGACAGCGACAAUUCACCACCUCCCUCCCUCUGCACCGGUCGAAACGCGAAAAUAAGCACAAAGAAGCUAGAUCGGACAAUGACGCUUCGAGCGCGAAGAGAUCCGCUAAGUCGGCGAUGAAAUCUGGCCAUACGGGUCCCAACCGAAACAGCAUCGCCGGCCAGAGAGAUUUCAACCGAGUCGUGCAGGCCGCUCUGCAAGAUGCGAAGGUGCGACUUAAUUCAACAGGGGACUUACCUGACUCUUGGAAUAAGUUUGAGCGUCAAAUAUCGAAUGCGUGCAAAGUGGAGGAUUCCAAGUCGGAUGCGAAAUGGGGCCCUUUGAAACAAAUCAAGUCGUCGCUGCAAAGGGCAUACCUGUCUGGCGGAGUAGCAGGACUUCGUGGCGAGUUGGAUUAUAUGCGCUAUGCAGAUGAUCUUACCGCAAAGUACUCGACUCCGAACCUGGAGGUGCAUCAGAAAAUUGCCGAUCUUCGCUAUCCCGCCGAGUGGUAUCCAAAAGCCCGAUCCAUGCAACGAACGAUCCAUCUCCACGUCGGUCCGACCAAUUCCGGAAAGACAUACCACGCCCUACAACGGUUGAAACAAAGUAAAUCGGGUUUCUAUGCAGGGCCGCUUAGAUUACUCGCGCAAGAGGUAUACCAUCGAUUCAAGGCCGAAGGCAUUCCUACAAGUCUUGUCACUGGAGACGAUGUCAAGACGCCGGAAGAUGGUCAAAUACCUCGUAUCACAAGCAACACAGUUGAAAUGGUCAGCGUGGGACAGGAGUAUGAUAUUGGAGUCAUCGACGAAAUCCAAAUGAUAUCCAAUGCAGCACGUGGAUGGGCGUGGACACGAGCUGUUCUAGGCAGCCAGGCAAAGGAACUCCACCUGUGUGGCGAAACGAGGGCCGUUCCUCUCAUCCGUGAACUAUGCGCACUUACAGGAGACACCCUGGAGAUUCAUCGAUAUGAGCGAUUGAAUCGCUUGGAGGUCAUGGACAAAAGCUUGAGGGGUAACCUCAAGAGUCUUGAAAAGGGUGAUUGUGUCGUCGCCUUUUCCCGAGUUGGAAUCCACGCUCUGAAAGCAGACAUUGAAAAGGUUACUGGGAGACGAGCAGCUAUCGUUUAUGGAGGUCUACCCGCCGAGAUUCGAACGCAACAAGCCAAUUUAUUCAACGACCCGGAUAACGACUACGACUUCCUGGUUGCUAGUGAUGCAAUUGGCAUGGGAUUGAAUCUGAGCUGCAAGCGUGUUAUUUUCGAGACGUUGGUCAAACGACUUCCCGGCGGUCUUCAGCAGUUGACUGUGCCGGAAAUCAAGCAGAUAGGUGGGCGUGCGGGUCGAUACCGGCCAGCCGGUGCCAAAGAAAGCCCAAACGACAAGUCAAACGUGGGUUUGGUCACAUCUCUCGAGGAGAUUGACCUUCCUUCUAUCCAAAUGGCUAUGAAUAUGGAGCCUCCACCCCUUCGCGCCGCGGGCAUUUUCCCGCCUAAUGUCGUAUUCGAGCAACUCUCGGCAUACUUCCCGAAAGAAGUCCCGUUCGAGUAUCUGAUCAAACGACUAAAUGAAAUUGCCGCCAUCAAUCCUCUUUUCUUCAUGUGUGAUAACAAGGGCCAACUUGAGAAUGCCGAAAUUAUUGACACUACGAAUGGCCUGCGAGUUGCGGACCAAUUGACAUUCAUGGCUGCCCCGAUGGACACCAGAAGUCAAACCGCUCGCGAAGUCACUGCCGCAUUUGCUGACUGCGUGGCUGAAAAUAAUCGCGGACGGCUGCUGGACAUUCCCCAUCUCAACCUUGAGAUUCUAGAGCGCCCUGUAUCCGGCAACAAGGAUUACUUGCAUGAGUUGGAGAGUCUGCACAAAGCUAUUAUUCUCUACUCGUGGCUUAGUUUUCGUUUUGGCGGGGUAUUCACGGACCGGACUCUCGCUGCACAUGUCAAAGAACUUGUUGAACAGAGAAUGGUGCGGGCGCUGACUGAAUUCUCUGCCAACAAGUCGCUACGCAAGGAUGCCUCAUUGAAACGCCAGAUUGCGCUUCAGAAGCAGCUGCAUAGACAGAAAACCAUUGACUCUCAGGGCCUCAUGCCGCAGUCCGCUGAAGGCGGAGAGGGCGAUGUGCAGAUCCGUAUGAACGAAGAUGGCUCUCAAAGGAGUGCGGACGGCGAAGAGUCUGCGGAGGAAGAAAUGCAAGAUGAUUUGAAUGAAGAGAGCUUCGAAGAGACGGUGGAUAACGAAGCUUCUAGUGCGGAGCUGAUGCUGGACCACGUUACUGGAGAAAGCACCCAAGAGCCUGAGAAGGAGGCGCCGGAUAGCGAGAAACCCAAGCCACGUAGUUCCGCGUGA